CUUAAUUUGCCCAGAGCUCUCUCAAAACCCUUACUAUCAGCGCGACACCAUGGAUAUCUUCUCACCCAAAGCUUAGAACCGCUAUCUUCAUCCAAUCCAGACAUUAAUAGCACCAUAAAAAGGAUGUGUUCCUGCUUGAACCACCACUGAAAAGUCUCAACAGACUACGCUUCAUCAUGUUUGGUACUUUUUGCAGAGAAUACCACAAUUGUACCAACAACCUUGACACCUCUAUCGACAAAAGCAAUUUGAGGCAACACAUCAACUCAUUGCUCAAUCAAAUGACCCGAGAAGGAAUCCUGACGCGGGGCAGAUGGUAUGAGAGAAACUGGUUGGGAUUUCGCGUCGUUGAUCACAUUGUGAAAUCCACCAUCCGCGACGCGCUUGAUCAGGGAUGCCAUUCAUGGGAUCAUGUCCUCUUUCACCUCAGCACUCUCAUUGUGCAGACAGCUACUUGCUGCUGAGCGGGAGGCAUACUCCGUUCUCAUAAAUGGCAUGGCAAAG